CAAUCCCCGCGAAAUUUGGCACGUCCCUGCGAUCUGGCUGCAAUGGCAUUGGUCGACGAGCCUACCCCUGGUGCCACGCACACAUGUGGUAUGUAAUCGGAUAUACAUGCGUGGCACAACUACUUACGCUGUCAUAAGUGACAUACGAUAUGUUGUUCCGUUUCGGGCAAGAGCUUUGUUGAACGAGUGCAACUAACGUGUGGCCACACACACACUGCCACACCCACCCGUCCCAUACUGUCGACCCACGAAGUGCAAGCCCUUGGCUUUUUCAGACGAAAAGAUAUUCACGAUGGUGUUGAAGACUUCCGCGUCAGGCUUCUUCCCUCACACAUGUCCAGCCUCCGGCGGCGGUGGCAUCCAAAGACUACAUGGACGACUUCCUCUACCAGAAUCCAUCUUCUACUGGAUCACAGGAAUAGGCAGCAUAUUGUAUGUCACAUACAAGUUGUUUGAAGCAUCUCAAAGCUAUCUGUGGUCAUUGACCGAAGAUGACUUCAUUGAUGGCUGGUCAUUUCUGGGCCAGAAGAAGGACAUUUCAAAUUACGAAUGGAAUUUUUGGUCAGGUUAUUUCUGGAACCUCCUACCUUGGGGUGUCGGCCAUAUCAUCAUUGCUCGGAUUGUAGAGAAACGAUUUCUUCAUCUUCGAAAGCCAGUGUUUCUGACAUACUCCCUCGUGAGCGUGUCGUAUCUCCUGGGAUACCGGACGGUGCUGUUCUUCAUCUCACAUGGCUGUAUCUGCUACGUGGCCUCCUCGGUCGGCAGCUUCCCCCUGGUGUGGGUCGUCACUAUCUUGCUGCUGUCUACUCUCAACUAUCAAGCAUUUGCACCAAUCAUGCAACAACUUUGUGGUAUCCCGAACACCCCGGAAGGAUACUAUCUGUUCAUAUUUGUGUUAGCUCUGGUCAUUCUGCGCUAUGCAAGCUUCAGUCUGGAGAGAAGCAGGUACAUUGCUGCAAAGGGGAAUAACUCUACUUCCAAGGAGAAGACAACUGACUGCGGCCAUUUCUCCAUGUGGGAUCUACUGCUGUACAUGUUCUAUUUCCCACUCUUCUUCACAGGACCACUCAUCACUUAUGACAAGUUUAAACUGCAGAUCAAUUCUCCACCAGCUGUGUGGACAAGAGACCGCGUUACGACUUCCAUGAAGGGAUUUGUGCGAGUGUUUUUCUGGGCCUUCUAUCUGGAGUUAGCCCAUCACUAUCUCUACUACAACGGCCUGCUGCACAACAUCACCGCCGUGAAGGAGAUGUCGCUGUGGGCCCUCACCGGCAUUGGCUACACAAUGGGGCAGUACUUCAUGGUGAAAUAUCUGGUGCUCUAUGACCUCCCAGGUCAAGUGGCCAGACUAGACAACCUUGACCCACCACUAGGACCAAAGUGCAUCUCGUAUAUCUACCGAUAUUCUGAUAUGUGGAAAUUUUUUGACAGAGGUCUGUACACAUUCCUCAGAAACUACAUCUACAUCCCCCUGGGUGGGUCCCAAGCCGGGAUGCUGAUGCAGCUCCUGGCGUCCCUGAUGUGCUUCCUCUUCAUCUAUGUGUGGCACGGAGAGGAGUACUCCCUGCUGCUGUGGUCCAUAUUUAACUACAUCGGAUGCUCCCUGGAGCUGCUUGUCGGACAACUGGAAUACACAACAUUUGUCUCAAAUAUCAAGGCCAGCUUCCUGUCGCCAGCGAUGGUUCGACGCCUCCGAUGUAUCAUAGUCGUCCCACUCUUCCUCAUGUCCUGCCUUUCUGUCUUCUACUUCUUCAGCGGGAUGGCGUUCGGCACCGUCUUCCUGCAGAGGCUUAUAAUCCAAGCUACCCUCAAGAGCGGCACAGCGUUAUACUUUCUCAUCUAUGUCAACCUACAGAAUGCCAUGGAGGUCGAGCGAUGGCUGGCCCUCAAGCACAAGAAGGAAUAGUUUCCUCUGCACCAACAAACUUGAAAUGUUCCAUGUUUGUUGUACAUUAGUACCUGCAUUCUGCAUCUCUCUCGAACCUCAACCUGUGAUUGUGUGCCAACAUGUCCGGAACCCUUGGCCUAUGAGUCACUGUAAGUAAGCCUGUGAGUAGGUUGGUGUUCAAUAUAGCAAGUGUUGUAGACACAACGUGGUAAACUCAUGCGUGCACUGUGGUGAACUGUUGGUGCCUGCACAUCCAUGCGCAGGUUACAUCAAGAAAAAACAUGCAUAUCUAAACACAAACAAUAAUAUUCUGCAUUUAAGAAAUAAAUGACUCAUGGUCGUUGUUUAUCGUACUAUAAAACACUACAGGGAGAAUUAACCAUGAGAGCCUAGGUCCAGGUGGUUUAUUCUCCCUGCAGUGUUUUAUUGUAAGAUAAGCAACGACCUUGAGUCAUUUAAUUUUAUACGAGAUUUCAACAUUAUGUACAGCCAUUUUAAGGAUGUUAGUAAAAAGUACACCUUUUAAAAUAUGUUCCUAUAUUUGAAUAAUGAUGACUCCCUGAAUAGAAUCCGACCACGGCAAUGUUGGACAAGUCCAUUUUAUUAACAGGGGAGUUAAGUUUGUAUUUCUGGCAUAUUUCCAUAUUUUCACGUCGAUUAUCUGUACCUUUUCUCCAUCAUAUCCCCUCACUUUUGGAAGUGAUCGUUCAGCCACUGCGUUUAUCUGUGUUGCCCAGCUACAUCUAUGGGGAACAAGUCACGAGACACUUCCCUCUAAAAAAUAUUGUUGUCCAAUAUACAGACAUCAUCAAGUUGUGAGCACAUGUUCGAAUAUCCAGAAAUGACGUCAUAAUAGAACAAUGUCUUAUCGUGAAAUAAACCACGCUUUGUUCUUCAUUGUUCCUUGCGAUUUAUCGCAUAGCUGUCUUAUAUU